AUGUCCUCCGCAGCAAUGUCGAAAAAGAACAAGGGGAAGAAGGUUGCGGACCCCAAUGAGACCUCCAAACUGCUAGCCGCCAAGAUAUCACAGUUGGAGCAAGAUGCAGCAGGGGAAAAGGAUCAAGAAGCGGAAAUUGAGCGUGAAGUCAAGAAAGCUACGAGGGAUCUGAACCAGUUGCUCAGCAAUAUCGAGUCCCCGAUGACCCGACUAGAGACCGUCCACAAGAAAUAUACCGAACUUCUCGCGGACAUGAAGAAGCUGGAUCGCGACUAUGCCAAGAGUAAAAAACGAUCCGAUCAACUGCAGAAGGACCAGGACAAGGGCAAAUCGGAGUUGAACAAGACCGUCACUAUGAAGGAUAAACUGGAGAAGCUGUGCAGGGAACUUACCAAGGAAAACAAGAAGGUCAAGGAUGAGAACAAGAAACUGGAGGAAACCGAGAAGAAGGCACGGUUGAUCGUCAAUGAACGUCUGGACUCUCUCUUGUAUGACAUUCAAGAUGUCAUGGCCGCCAAAGGCAAUCCGCGCAAUGAGAAGGUGGAUAUCGACUUGGACGAGGCUUUACGUGCCAAGAUUAAAACCAUCGGGGAAAAAUUCGAGAUGCGCGAGUUACACUACAAGGCCCUCUUACGCAGCAAAGACGCAGAGAUACAGUGCCUUACCGCCAAGUACGAAGAACAGCGCCGUGCUGCCGAGAAUGAAGCCGCCCGUUGUCGUGCGCUGAGUUCCCAGGUUUCGACGUUUUCGCAUACGGAGGCUGAAUUGCGCAGUCAGCUCAAUAUCUACGUAGAAAAGUUCAAGCAGGUGGAGGAUACAUUGAAUAACAGCAACGAACUCUUCCUCACUUUCCGCAAAGAAAUGGAGGAAAUGUCGAAAAAGACCAAGCGCCUGGAGAAGGAGAAUCUCACGCUGACCCGAAAACACGACCAAACGAACCGCAAUAUACUCGAGAUGGCAGAGGAGCGCACAAGAAACCAUGAGGAAUUGGAAAAAUGGCGAAAGAAGAGUCACCACUUGGAGGCACUGUGUCGACGAAUGCAAGCGCAAGGUCGUGGUCAAGGUCUUCCCGCCGACCUGGAGGGUGACGACGAGGGGACAGAGAGCGAAUACGACGAGGACUAUGAAGACGAGGAGGAUGAUGAGGAUAUCAGCGACGACGAGUACGAGCUUGAGCAUGCAGGCCGGAAACUCAACGGGGGCAAUGUUCCCCAGCAACCCGAGAAGCCUGUCUUUGGUCCACCGCCGCCGCCGCAACUUCUGGAAGCACGAGCAGCGAAUGGGAACAAGGCCAUGAUCAAUGGAUGUCACUAG